AUGGCUCGUAUCGAGGCAUCAUGGCAGGAGAUCACGCAGCGCGAGGGAGAGCCUAAAGCGCGCAGCUCACACGCUAUAGCAGUCGCCGGCGACAAGAUGUUUGUGUUCGGUGGGGAGUUUGAGCCGAGAGUGCCCAUUGGCAACGCCGUGCAUGUGAUGGAUCUCAGCACCCGGGAGUGGUCCAUCGCUCCCGCUUCUGGCGACAUCCCAUCCCCCCGCAUCGGCAUCACGAUGGUGGCUCUGGGGAGCACCCUGUACGUGUUUGGCGGGAGAGACGGUGACAAGAACGAGCUGAGUGACUUUUAUUCCUUCGAUACAUUCACAGGGGAGUGGCGGCUGCUGACCACUGGGGAGAAUUCCCCCCCUGGCAGGAGCUACCACACCAUGGCAGCAGACCCCCAUCGCUGCCAAAUCUACAUCUUUGGUGGCUGCGACCCUCACACCCAUACUCUCAAACACCACUCCCCACUCCCUCACGACCAUCCCUCUCUCCCUAGGAGCUACCACACCAUGGGGGAAAGUAAUGGGGUGGGAGGGAGCCCCGCAGACAUCUGCUUUGGUUACCCCCCUCCCACUCCAUUACCUUUUUUUAAGAGCUUCCACACCAUGGCAGCGAACCCCCAGCGCGCCCAAAUCUACAUCUUUAGUGGCUGUGGCACCACUUUCACCCUCACACCCAUACUCUCAAACACCACUCCCCACUCCCUCACAACCAUCCCUUUCCUCCCCAGGAGCUACCACACCAUGGCAGCUGAUCCCCAGAUCUACAUCUUCGGUGUCUCGGAUCCCCAUCGCGCCCAAAUCUACAUCUUCGGCGGCUGUGGCACCACCGGUCGUUUCAACGACCUUUGGGCCUACCCUGUCGCUCCCAGCCACACCAACACAUGGCGGCAGCUGCCCUCCCCUCCCCCUUCCAGUGGCUGUGUGCCCCGGGGGGGCCCUGGGCUGGCUGUUGCAGGGGACGCAGUGUGGGUGCUGUUUGGGUUUUCCGGGGAGCAUGAGCUUGGGGACGUGCAUAGGUUUGAUCUAGGGAAGGAGACGUGGGAGGAGGUAGAAUUUCCUGCUGCUGCUGGUGCGGAGACGGCUGGUAGCGGGGAGGCUACUAAAGGGGAUGAAGUUGAAGGGUCGGCGGUUAAGCCCAUUCCAAGGAGUGUUUUCGGCGCUGUGACCGUCUCGCUCCCUGCUGUUAACGAGUCUGCUUGUAAAGAGUACAUAGUGGUGUAUGGGGGAGAGGUAGACCCAUCAGAUCUGGGUCACUUGGGGGCGGGAAAAUUCUCUAAAGAUCUCUUCCUAUUGGACGUCGAGGAAAGGAAGUGGCUCCGACCGGCGUCGCUCGUCUCUUCUGGCGGGGACCCGGGCGCUCGUGGCUGGUUCCCUGUUUCUCCUUUGGCUGCUGGCAUGGUGGUGUAUGGAGGCAAUUCGGAGAGCAACGACCGCUUGGAUGACGUGUUUGUGCUCCGGCUGACCGUGGCUUGA